GGAAAAUCUAAGAUAAAGACAAGGCAUUGGUAUAAGAAGUCCGUCUCGCACCUCGCCGCUGCUUCAUCAGUGCUUGCUCGUCCUCCUCCUCAUUCGACUUGUAAAUUCCAAACAAUCAUCAUGGCACCCAUCAACUUCGGCAUCAUCGGCACAAGCUGGAUCACAGAUUCCUUCAUCGAGUGCGCGCAAGCUACCAGCAAGUGGAAUCUUGCCGCCGUCUACUCUCGCACAGAAGAGUCAGCAAAGAAGUUCGCAGCAAAGUACGAUGGUCAGAAAGUCGAGCUUUACACCGAUCUGGACAAGCUCGUCAACGACUCGAAUCUGUCCGCCAUCUACAUCGCCAGCCCCAAUAUCCUGCACUACGAGCAAGCCAAGCUCGCCCUAAAUGCAGGCAAGAACGUCAUCUUGGAGAAGCCAUCAUGCAGCACAGUCACAGAACUGGAUGACCUGUUCAAGAUUGCACGGGAGAAGGAUGUCUUCCUCAUAGAAGCAUUCCGCCACAUCCAGGAGGCUAACUUCAAGACCUUAAAGAAGUCGAUCAAGAACCUUGGGCCCAUCUCUGGCGCCUCUAUCACAUUUGCGCAGUACUCCUCUCGCUAUGAGAAGGUCCUCGCGGGCGAGACGCCAAACAUCUUCAACCUCGAGAUGGGUGGCGGCGCUCUUGUCGACCUGGGUGUGUACUGUGUCUCUGCAGCCAUUGACCUCUUUGGCGCACCAAAAGACGCAAAAUACUGGCCCAACAUCAUUGCCACGGGGGCAGAUGGUGGUGGUCGCCUCAUCCUCGACUACGGCAACUUCGUUGUUCACUUGUGCCACAGCAAGACCUACAACAGCGAUGCUCCUUCAGAAGUAUACGGCGAGAAGGGCACACUUAUCGUUCCCACCAUCACAGACAUCGAGACAGUCACGCUGUGGGAUCCCAGGACAAAGAAGAGGGAGCAGCUUGCUGGCCCAGAGACAAGAGUAAAGCUCAAUCUACAAGAGGAAGCUGAAGAGUUUGCGCGGGUCAUUAACAACAGGGACCGUGAGGCUGAAAGGCACUACGAGACACUGUCAAGAGAUAUUCUGGGGGUGUUGGAGAAGGUCAGGAAGGAUAACGGCUUGCUAUACCCUGGCGAGAAAUAAGGGUCAGUUCGUGAAGGACGAUUCGACUGUUCGGCAUAUCAAGUGCAGUGCCAACCUCGACUGAUAUCAUUAAACGAAUAUAACAAAUACCAAC